GAAACGGCACAAACCGAAACAAGUUGCUCAAAACUCAUUAUACUCGCAUCUGAUCAAACCAGUUAAUCCACCGCGUGGGUAAAAAUUUAGCUCGAACAGAGGCGUGGAGACCGAUGAGACUUCGAACUACCGGCGUCCGCGUUCUCUGCUUGUAAAGAAAAGGAGGGCGAUAUCUUUAAAAGGCGGAUACGGGGCGGGCUCGUUUCGCUUCGCUGGUUUCACACCACGACAAACAUCGGUCUCCUAGGUUUCCAGUUGUUUUACUUGUUGCUAUUUUGCGCGCCUUGUCAUCUCCUUGGGCCGCGGAAGCCGCGAUCGCGAAGAUAACCAGCAACACCGCCCGACGACCUUCGCUGCUGCCAUGUGCUGAAAGCUUGUUUAUUUACCGAUCGAGGUUUGCACCAUUUCUGAGCCGGAACCACAAUGGGCCUGGGCAACAUACUCCUGCUGACGCAGGCCACAUGCUACACCAUAACGCUGAUCCUUUCGGUGUGCACUGUAGUGCCGAUGGCGGUGCACGUGUCCAAGUUUGACGGCCACUGCCUGCUCUACACUACGGGCACCUUCGACAGCGACGACGGCCACUUCAUCGCCCGAUGGGCGUCGCCCUUCUACUGCUUCUUCACGCUCUCCGUUGGUGGACUCAUGGUGGCCGUCUCACUCAUACAGCUGGUCCGCAUGUCGAUUUUCCUCUACAUGGGCACAGACAGCUCGUUUCUGUCUGCCUUCCUGGACUCCGUGGUGAGUGUCAUUGUGAUGCUUCUGGUCUUCACGACUUCCGUGCUGGUGUCGGACGGCUUCCGGGCAUGGUGCCGAGCCAUCACCCAGCGCUUUCCAGCGUGCGAAGACGCGUCAGUCACGCAAAUUAGCAAACCAGACCACGUAGACACCGUCGGAUUUUACAUGCACGUCGGCACAGCCCAGUUUGGUGCCUGGAGUUCUUGGGUGUGCUGGGUCCUCCAGGCGGUGCUGUGCACGCGCAAACUGUGCCUCUACCAUGAGCGCGAGAACCUCAUGAUCAGCAUGGCCCGGGAACGACGUCUGCUCAACGCCUCGCACGAAUCCCAGGCGCAGACUGUCGACGACACGAUCCCCAUCCUCGAGUGAAGGAAGAAGAGUCGACGCAAUCAAAUCAACUCCACGACAUCUGCCACCUUUGGCGGAGGCAGGAGAGGUUCUCCAAACCAAGAACUUCAACGGUGCGGUUACGAAGCAGUCUUGUGGUUUUGCAUGCUGAAUUGAUUCUGAGAUCUGCUACUUCCGGCAAGACCACGUGACUGUGAACCGCGUUUCCUUUGGUAUGGCAGGCACGGUAGACGUUUUGUGAAAGGUCUCGAGUUUGUGUUGCGAAUGUUAGGGAGCCUAUGUGUGUGAAAGAUAUCCUAUACGGUGCAGUGUCGAAUUUGAAACUUGCCUGUGUGGGGCUUUGAUUAUCUUGUGCGUGCAUCUCCACAGGUAUUUUUUAACGAGCAGUCUUAGACGUAUUGUGAAUGCAGUAGUCGGGUUGUUUUUACAUUUAUAGCUGUUUGUGCGAGAGAUGUUCUAAAGAGUAUUUUGUGUUUGAAAUGUCUUGCACAAGUAGGUUCGCGAGCAUUUUUUAUAAAUAAGAGCAAUCUCACAGGAUCAAUGUGGUGUAUAUGACAAGCUGACCAGAUGUUUCUCAUGGCUGCGAAGUUGCAUGUGUAUAAGAUAGCUGAGCUAUUGGAGGGUUGUGAACACAGAGGUUUUUUUUUUCUAACACCUAAAUCAGUGCCUCAGGGGUAAAAAACAUGGGCUAUCGCUUCCACUGCAAUCGACCGUUCAGAAAAGUUGCCGAGCUUGCCUUCUGGCUUAGCAUGUUACACCAAGCAUGGAUUAGUUGAAGGAACACUAAUGUCAUGCCAAAAGUCUAUAAGCCUCGAUGGUUGGUGAAGUGAUGAUCCAGUGCUGCUGUAGCCUAAGAGCUACAGAUGUUGGAAACAGUAUAAAAGUAAAGGAAGUUGGAAAACCGACCCUUACUGUGGCAUCAAUAUCUGGGUGCAUUGACCAUCAAGGAACAAAAACGAAUGGUUUGCCAAUCAGUGCAGUUUUCCAUUUCUGUGCAGUCAACACCCAGCCAUUGACUGCACAGAAAUGGGAAGAAAGGCUGUGCUGGCGACUUCCAACAGAUAAUUCAGCAGAUUCAGGAAGCUGUUCACUUACUUUGACGACGAUCUGUGGUGGUUUUUAUAUAACACUUUUUAUUUUUGUUGAACAAAUCUAACCACUUUCUGGUCUAUAAAGAACAUGGUUGUGGAGGCAUUUGCUCAUAGUUAUGCUAUUGCCGCAUGGGUUAUAAUAAAAGGCAGACGUUCGGGGAAGAUGGGAGAUGGGUUAUAUACUAAAACCUUUUUGAAAGAAAAUUUAAAGGAAUGGGUAACUUAGGUAAACAUUAAUCAGAAAAGGCUUCAAAAGUCGGCGAAGAAAAUGAAAGCCAGAGCUAUAUUUCUCUCAUUCUGUGCCAAGAUCAGGAUGCUGAAUGAGUAAGCACGAUGUUGCAAAUGUCAUGAUAUUCAUGCACUUAUGGGCCAAUUUGCAUUUUUUUUCCUUCCAGAAAAGUGCUAAAUUUCCAGGUUUAAAUACUUGCCUUUGCCUUGAACUCAGCAGUAUCUUUGUAGAAAAUAGAAAAAUGGAUACAUGGUGCUGUGCAAGCACUGUCAGUAUAUUGCAUAAUGAGAAACUCGUAAAUAUAGCAACCCCAGUGAUGUCAGUGGAUUGUCACAGGCUUUGUACUUUUAUAUACUCUAAAAGCCAGUCAGCUUUCGUUUCCGCUUCCUUUUCAAUACAAUAUUUUGUUUACUUGUGGACAAAGGUACAGCUACUGGAGAAGACAGUCAAAAUUAUCAAGAGAGAGAGAGAAACGAAGGGGAAAGGCUGCGAGGUUAACCAAGAACAUGCUCGUUUGGGUACCCUACACGUGGGGAGGGGGAAAAGGAGAAUAAUAGUUAAGAUAGUAUUGAGAUAGAGUUUGUUGGCUAGUUUCCUUCACAGCCCUCUCUGUGUGAUAGCAUUUGAAAUUGUCAUUGAUGUAAUGUGCAGUUCUGGCUUGGCCACCAUUUUUUUAGUGGUGAUUGCUCUUCAGUCGUGUUGUCUGUAUUCUUUUUUACACCACUCGUACUUGAAUUUACGCACUUCUGUUUUUACUAACCUAUUUUUGGGAAGUGGUGGCCAGUACUCUUGAGAACAAGUUACGUCUUUAGGUAACGUUUUUAACUACAAACGAAAAAUAAGCACGUGCAGUUUGCAUUUGUUCCAUUUUAGCGAAUUCCUUUGCACAAGGUGUUUGCCUUGAAUUCUGCCUGCUUUAAGUGGAGUUGCUUUCUUUAAGGGCCCCUCACUAGGUUUCAUUUCAAAUAUCAUACACUGGAACCCAGAUAUAUCGAAUUGGAAGGGGAUUACAAGAGUUCUAUAUAUAUAAGCAAUUUGGUAUGUGAUAUAUUUUACAUAUCGAAAAUAUGUUCUAGGAUAUUUUACUACUGUUCGAUAUACCCUAAAAUCCCGAAUAAGUGUCCCCUUCCCCUUUUCGGGAGAUUUGAAAUAUACGCCAAAGACGGAGCAAGCGCCCCUCCCCUCCCACCAUUUUUUUUUUCAACCUGUUCUCCGCUACAGAAUCCUGCAGCAGUGGUUCCCAGGAACCCAAGUUCUGAGAGUCUUUAGGUGUGUGCACGAUUUCUUAGCACUUUUACAGGGCGGUGCCCCGGGGUUGCAUUCUGAGUUGUCACAACAUUUGAAGACCCUUGUCGUAAAACAUGAAAUUUCACAUGAGGAUUCUCUCCAGUUCAAUAAAAACAGUAAAGGAACACAUAUUCGUCAAAGCAUUUCAUUAGAAGUACACGUGUGUAUUCUUGAAGCAAGACUGAAAGUUGGACGAGUUGGUGGUAUAUUAUGGCAAAAACAGUACGCGUGUGUAUUCUUCUUAGAGGCUGUUCCACUGCCAUCUUGAAUUUCGGGCGGCAACCGAGCAAGGCACUGCCUCCAAAUCUUGUCCGAUUAUCUUUCGCUGUAGGGGGGGGUGCUUGCUUGGGAUUUUACGGUACACAAUAAUGCUUUGUAUGUGGGUCGUGUAGACCAUUUUGGCACCAUACCAGCAUUUCUUAAUUUGCAGACAUGAUCGCUACUGAGUUACCACACACUUGCUUGUUUGCAGUCUCCAAACCUGGUGAACGGCCCCUUAAAAUUUUACUGUCUCGUCGCAUUUUGAGUGACAGUCUUUAUCUUGCGCUUACAGGCGCAGACUCGGUGUUUGGUUAUGGUCAACCUGUGUUGACUGGGAAUGUUGGGAACAUCCACAUUUUGUCUGAAGAGAGAUUAUGCGAAAGCAUAAUUGUGCGUUACUGUACAAAGGAAUGUCGUGAAUUGCGCAGAUUACGUGAAUGAGUGAUAGGCCAUUGCUGGAGACAGUGGCAGAGAGUACUUAAGCCCAUAUAUUUGGUAUGUCAUAGUGUGGAAUGUACCAGAGGCUUAGCGAUGUUAUCUUGUUACACCGCCUGUCAAAAUCCACAGCAACCUCAGUAUUAAAUGUGGGUACGUUUUGAGUAUGUGUUUAUAUCUUGUGAAUAUUCGUGCCGUAAGUCGUUCUUGGCAAUUUUGCUCCACUCGGAGAAGUCAGAAAGUUUUGAUCCGGCAACUUAAAAGUGUUACGAACGCGAUACCAAAAAUUCCGAGUUUUGUUUGCAUUAAUAAAAAAAGUUCUGAAUUAUCCGCGUUUCGGCGAUAUUGCGGUUGCUCCCUACAGUUCUAAUCAGUGUCUGUUUCUCAUUUUUCUUGGUCAUGUUGGAAGAAGCAUUGAACAGUGUGUUAAAUGAUUGUUUAUUGAGCGUGCAUUAGCGUGAAAACUGUGACUGCGUGCAGGACAAUGCUUUUGCUUUGGAGGGUCACCUUGGUGAUGCCUCUUUUUAGGAAGGAAAUGCUGGUGCGUUACGAGUGUGUUUGUCGCGCUGUCUCAUGCAAUUCAUGUCCGAAGUUAUUCGUGCAACUGUGUAAACAUUUAAGAUUCUCGUGCGCACCUUUAUUUAUACCAAGUAUAUUCUUAUAGAGCACAACACAUUAAAUGUUAUUUCACAGCG